UGUUAUGUACAGUGUAGUUUAGUACAAUCGAAAAGUUGUUAUUAAACACUUUAAAAUUAGCGUAUAUAAGAUCGAUGAAUUGAAUAAACUAACUGGCAACUGGGUUGAGCUCGGUCGUGCAGUUCUUAUGAGUACUCCACAAACUACAGUUGUGUGUCCUUUGACUUUAACUAAGUCUACCGAAAUCCAAGCUAACCUAUACUUAACGCUUGAUAAGGAGCACGAGGCUUUAAUAAGGAUUCUCCAGAUAAUUUCCUUCGGACGAUUCCUACAACGAUUAAAUUAUCUGGAUUUGAUAACUGGCGACGAGGACAACAGGCAGCGUACACCGGCCAUAGGAAUUCAUUGAGAACAGCGUGGCGGAUUUUUCUUCUCUCAGCUGCUGAGUUAGUCUCGAUGUAAGUAAGAGAAUAUUGGUUUUAACAAUUAAGAACCGAGUAGAAUUAAAAGAAAAUUUUACUAUACAUGGUGUGAACAUAAUCGUUGUGCAUAUAUGUGAAUCAUCUUUUUUUCUUUAUUCAGAAAAAAAACCAACGCUAGUGCUUCUAUUGUAUAGGAUAGCCAUUUUGUGUUCCUAUUGUUAACAUAAUUUUCCUUCUCUUUCUAAGUUGAUGAGUAGAAAGGCAGUGCGACCAGAGGACAACAUUUUCGCUGAAGUUGGCGGCAAACAAAAAUCGAAUACAGAAAUCAAGUUUCGCUAAGGUUGGCGAACAAUAAAAAUCGGAUAAUAUUUUCCAGCCUUUUGGUGGGCCUGUAUACCGAUAGCGUUUCGGUGAGCCGGUAGGAAUAUAUUCUGCGGUGAGUCAAAGUUUUCUUUCUAAUUUUGGAAAAUUUCAAUUACUAGUACUGUUACUAAUAUUUAUACAAUUAUUAUAAAAUUAUACAACAUGGCGAACGUUUUCGUUAAUAUUGAGCCGUAUCACACAGGUACUUGCUUCAGAAGUUGGGCCGAAAGGUUGAAAUAUUUUUUUAUUGCUAACAAAAUAGAAAAUGGCAAAGAUAAAAUAGCUUACCUCAUAACAAUUGGAGGCUCAGUAAUUUUCUCACAAUUAAAAUUAAUGUAUUCUGUAGAAUAUUUUGACAAUGUUCCGUAUGAUGAACUAAUUUCAAAUUUGAUUACUAGUUUUGAUAAAUGUGAAUUGGAUAUGAUUCAGCGUCUAAGAUUCAAUACUCGUAACCAACAACCAAAUGAGUCUUACGAAGAUUAUUUGUUAUCUCUCCGGUAUCAGGCAGAGCUUUGUGGAUUCGGUGUUCGCAAAGACCAAGCUAUAUUAGACAGGAUUGUGGCAGGUGUGCUAGAUGAUGAUUUACGGAGCAGUUUGCUAAAUGAGUAUAAAUUAACACUCGUUUUGGCUGAAAAAAUUCUUGAAACGUGGGAAAUGGCUACUACUAAUUCUAAACCGUUUUCUGAAAAAGAAGAUGAAGUUUUUGCUAUGAAAUCUCUCCCUGGAAUGGGUAGAGGACAAGUUAUACAAAGAAUGAAAGAUUUUCAAGAAUCUAGGCAACGACGUUUCGAAGAACGAAAUCGUAUUCCAGUAAAGAAUCGACUGGGAUACAAACGCCAUGAUUCGAAUUACAGAAAACGAGUUCGGUUCGAUGAUGCUAGAAGAUAUGAAGAUGUUAGGCCAGCAGAGUACAGAAGUGAACAGCCAAAAUGGGAUCAGCGCAUAUGUGAUUUUUGCGGACUGAGAGGGCAUGUGGCAAGAAAAUGUUACAAAAAAAAGAACCAACAUAAAUAUCCAGUGAACCGGAUGGACAUUCCUGGUAGCAGUAAGGAGAACAUCUCUAACCUUCUAGGGCGCAUGAAUACCAAGGACUCGGAUGACGAAUUGGAUGGAGAUUCGGAUACAGAUUCAAAUUGGAAGCGUUCCCGUUCUCGCACACCGCACUCAGCUCAGAACAUCUAAAUAUCCGAACUUGUUGGUUCGGCCGAAUAUUCUGAUAAAUGUCAGUCGUCAACAAAAUAGAACAAGAGAUAUAAAUUUGACACCAGCUGAGCAGAAUCAAAUAGCAGCACAGAGCUACGAGAGGCCUGCAUUCAGUAAAAUUAUGGAGAAGCGGUCAUCGAUGGAUCGAGAAGAAGAAUUCCGAGGGUUCCCAGAAGAAAACCUAAAUGAAAGGACUAGAAGAAAAAGAAAAGCCGAGGAUACGGCUAUCGAAUGCCCGUGUAGAU